ACAGAAAUGGGCCAAAUGGGGGAACCGCAAGCUCCCAAACCAGAACUCAUCGACAAGAGCUUGAAGUGGUCAGUGGCCUCCAAAGUCGUCAUUUUAGCUGACCUCAACGUUGAUGCCCCUGAAUCUGACGGCACUGAUUCCUUUCCUGACCCCAUCCUCGUCUCCGCCUCCACUUCAGAUGUUUCCAGGUUGGUUAGUGCGGAAAGUAGUCAAUGUAAAGGCACUUUAAUGAGUAAAGAUAUUGAUAUUGUCGAAGGAGAAGGUAAACAGUUAAAAAAGUCAGCAAAAUGCCGUCCAAGGAUUGGUAAGGUAGAGUACCCUCUUGACUGUGGAGCUGAUGCAGAUGCUGAUCAGCAUGGUCAGGGGGUCUCCUCAUCACGCGAGGAAAAAGUGAGCAGCCUUAAAACAGGAUUGGUACAUGUUGCAAGGAAGAUGCCCAAAAAUGCCCAUGCUCAUUUUAUACUAGGAUUAAUGUAUCAACGGAUGGGUCAGCCACAAAAGGCAGUUUCGGCAUAUGAGAAGGCAACAGAGAUCUUACUUCGCAGUGAUGAAGAGAUUGACCGACCAGAGUUGCUUUCGUUGGUUCAGAUUCACCAUGCACAGUGCCUACUGCUAGUAAGUUCAGGUGAUUGUAAUUCAGAAAGAGAACUUGAGCCUAAAGAGUUUGACGAAAUUCUUUGUAAGUUGAAGGAGUCGAUGAAAUCUGAUAUUAGACAGGCUUCUGUUUGGAAUACAUCAGGCAUGAUACUUCUUAAAACUGGCCGUUUGCAGAAUGCUAUAUCAUUGUUGUCUUCUUUGUUGACUAUUGUCCCUGACAAUGUGGAUUGCCUUGGAAAUCUUGGGAUUGCUUACCUUCAAAGUGGGAAUUUGGAGCUUUCAGAAAAAUGUUUUCAACGUCUGAUUUUAAAAGAUCAGAACCAUCCUACUGCGCUAGUCAACUAUGCUGCUCUUCUUUUGUGUAAAUAUGGUUCAGUUGUUGGAGGUGCUGGAGCAAAUGCCGGUGAAGGGGCUCCAGAAGAUCAGGUUUUAGCUGCCAACGUUGCAAAGGAAUGUUUGUUAGCUGCUGUAAAAAUGGACCCAAAAGCAGUGCAUUUAUGGGCAAAUCUUGGUAAUGCAUAUUAUCUGACCAGUGAUCAUAAAAGUUCUGGCAAGUGCUUGGAGAAGGCAGCAAAAUUGGAGCCCAGUUGCCUGGCUACACGAUAUGCUGUUGCAGUUCAUCGAAUCAGGGAUGCGGAAAGAUCUCAAAAUCCUCUUUCCUGGGCUGGAAAUGAAAUGGCCUCUAUUCUUAGAGAAGGUGAUUCUGGUCUGAUUGAGCCUCCCAUAGCAUGGGCCGGGCUGGCAAUGGUUCACAAGGCCCAACAUGAGAUUGCCGCAGGAUUUGAAAUUGAACAGAAUGAAUUGAUUGAGGCUGAAGAGCGUGCCAUCUACAGUUUAAAGCAGACAAUAGCAGAGGACCCAGAUGAUGCUGUACAAUGGCACCAACUUGGCCUUCAUAGUCUUUGUACUGGACAAUUCAAAACAUCACAAAAGUACCUCAAGGCUGCGGUUGCCCAUUUAAAGGAUUGCAGCUGUGCAUGGUCAAAUCUUGGUAUCUCACUGCAACUAUCAGUGGAGUCAUCACAUGCCGAAGAAGUAUAUAAGCGGGCUUUGUCAUUGGCAACAGCUGAACAGGCGCACACAAUAUUUUCCAACCUUGGAAAUCUCUACCGGCAGCAAAAGAAAUAUGAAUGUGCCAGGGCAAUGUUUACCAAGUCUCUUGAAUUGCAGCCUGGCUAUGCUCCUGCAUAUAACAACCUGGGCCUUGUAUUUGUAGCUGAGGGUAGAUGGGAGGAAGCAAAGUAUUGCUUCAACAAGGCUCUCGAGGCGGAUUCACUCUUGGAUGCUGCCAAGUCCAACAUGAUUAAAGCAGUGGCCAUGUGUAGAGUGGUGUAGCAUCUUGCGCUCAUGUCAUUUCUCCAAACAAAUGUUGGUGCUCAUUUAUCUGGAUAUUUGGGUUGUAAAAUUAGGGUUACACCUGCUCUGGUGCCUGCUUGUUAUAUUAUAUAUCAUAGGGAAAAGGUGUAUUACAAUUGUAAAAUUGUACAUAAAUUAUUUCUAUGGUAAGUCAAGAAUCACAUCCUUCUGUUUCUGUCUA